AUGAUUGAAAUAAUAUGUUAUGAGCACGCGCUCACUUCCUCUCCCUCUCCCACCCCAACCUCCGCCCGUCUCUGUGCACUUAUGAGUGUGGAUCAGUGAGUGAAAUGGCGGCGGCGGCGGCGGCGGCGGAGAGCUAUGUGGUGGUGCACAACAUAGCGAAGAGGCACAACGUGGGCACGUUGGCUCGAAGCGCCUCCGCCUUCGGCGUAUCCGAGCUCAUACUCGUCGGCCGCAGAGAUUUCAACGCCUUCGGCAGCCACGGCUCCGCCUCUCAUCUUCCGUUCCGCCAUUUCCAUUCCCUCCUUGAUGCUCGCCUAUUUCUCAAGGAGAAAGAUUGUGAUAUAUGUGGCGUGGAAAUUACUGAUGGGGCCGUCGCUGUAAACCAACAUCCUUUCAAGAAGAGCACUGCUUUCCUGCUCGGCAACGAGGGGACUGGCCUUUCGGCUAAAGAAUGCGAGAUAUGUGACUUUUUUGUUUAUAUACCACAAUAUGGGUGCGGCACUGCUUCACUGAAUGUAACAGUAGCUGCUUCUAUUGUUCUACAUCAUUUUGGAGUUUGGGCAGGUUUCUCUGAGAGAACUCGUGAAGGAAAUAAGUUUAUUGUGGCUGCAAGACCUGCAAAACAGUUGAGACGAAAUUAUUGCACAGAAAGCAGGGAGUCUAUUAUUGAGGAGCGAAAAGUUAGAAGGGAGAAUGCAUCUCAUGGACUUUUUGAUGAGCAGGGAAAUGAUGAUUCCCCUUCUAACCUUCUGGAUGCAGUGUUUGCUGAAUAGUCAUAUGGGAGUUAGAGACGCAACUUUCUUCCCCUGAUACAAAACCUGUGAACAACCAGGUGCAGAAUGGGACCUUGGGUCUGCACAUUUGUUGCUGCUCAACUUCUAGCAAGCAGCUUACUUGUGUGCAGCAACUCUCAGUGCUUUUUAUUCUGUAGGAAGAUGUUGCAAGUCAGCCCAUUGAAAAUCUAUUGUAACUACAAUUGUGUAGCUGAGAAUAUGUAAUGUAUUAGUGUCAUUUUGUUUUCAAUAGCAUUUGUUGACGGAUAGUCAUGCCAUCGACACACUAUUUUCAGUCAGGCCGUUGAUAUUCUAUUUUCUCCUGUUGGAGUACUUACAAGAAAUUAAUAGAUCAUUUGUGCUUUUUCCCA